AUGAAAGCUGCUAAUUUGGCAUGUGAGGAUAUUAUGACAACAAAUACUGGAAAUGUAAUAUAUUUGCAAGCUAACUAUGCAACGAAACAUGCGCCAGGGACAGCAGCGCUUAUGUCAUGCAAAUUUGGUUAUGUUAGCUCAUUUCCUUUCCUGGUUUUUUGCCAAUCAAAUGGUAAAUGGAAUGAUAAGCUUGGUGAAUGCACAUUAACUUCUAAGGCUUGUAAACCUCAAAAUACUGCUUACAAUGUUGUUUACAUGCCUCCAGAAACCUCUGACAGAUAUCCAUCCGGUACAUUUGCAAUAUUGCAUUGUUCGGUUGGCCAAGUACCAAUUGGGCCGCUAUCUGCUGUAUGCUUGAAUGGAAAUUGGACUGCCGAACUGGGUUACUGCCAAGAAUUGUUCGUGGGUGGCAUUUCUAGUGCUGUGGAUCGAAGAAGUUAUGUCAUAAUUACUCAGCCGAAUGGUUAUAUUCAAUCAGAUAGUAGCACACAGUCAGCGAUGACAUCUGAUGCUAUCACUGUCAAUGCAGAAGCAAAACAGUCGAUUAUGACAAAUGCAACAAUAACAGAAGCGCAAAAUGAAACAUUAACUGAAGCAAUUUCAGAUGUUUUUUAUGACAAAUACAAUACUAUUUCAGAACCAAAUUUAGAAGAAACAAAUACGACUGCAAUUUUAUCGCAACAGUUUAUAGACAAUAACGAAUUGAUCGAUGAACCAGAUAAAAUGACAAUAGUUUCAGUUCUAGCAGAUGACUAA